AUGACGAAAGAGAUGGGACCGGAGCUUAAUCUAAGCCUAACACGCAUUGAGAUACCAGAGCAGACUGCGAAUGAGUCUUUGGUCAAGAUUAUUUGUACUGGCAUCUGCCGAAGCGAUAUCUGCUUCUCCAUCGGCCCUGAAGAUGGUUACCCAACACAUAACCACAUCGCUGGCCAUGAAGGAAUAGGUCGGGUUGUGAAAUCAAGCAAUUCCACCCUGGUAGGAAAGCUAGUUGCAACACGGUUCUUGGCGAGCUCGUGUGGAUGCUGCACCUACUGCCUUAGGAAUCUAGAGACGUCGUGCAUAAACCAGUACAAUAUCCCCAAGCACAGAAACGGCACGCUGCAAGAAUUCAUGGCGGUCCCAACAUCGUACCUCAUGGAACUGCAUGGCAGUCUCUCCGAGAGUGACCAGGACUUGUCAAAGUACUGUGCGGCGCUUUGCUCCGGCUCAGCCGCACUAAGAGCUAUUCGCAAUGCAAACGCAAACCCAGGAGACAUCGUGGUUGUUGUAGGCGUGCUUGGUGGCAUCGGGCAUCUGGUUGGCAUGUUGGCGAAACGAGUGUUUGCCUUGAACGUCAUUGGAGUUGAUUUGAAGUCGAAGAUUGAUACUUUCCCUUCCAAAAACGCCGGGAUGGUUUGCGAUGUGCUUCUACCAGCUACAGACGGCCAAGAUCCUGUGGCUUUAGUGGAACUGCAAGACAAAAUCGCUGUAUCUUGUGCCAGGCUAAGAAACGACACUUGUACUUCACGAGCGGCCGAUGCAGUAAUCGUUGCCUCGAGCCGAAUGUCAGGCUUUCAGGGUCUAGAGAAUUUCGUCUGUGAUGGAGGAUCGAUAGUCUGCGUGGGUAUUCCGCGUGGGAAAAACACACUGUCUAUCCCUUUGCCAUCUCUUGUCGAGCGGAGCUUGCGAAUCGUAGGAAGCUUGAUGGGCGGUCGUCGCGAAGCAUUGGAGAUGAUACACUACGUUAAAAGUGGCCAGGUUGACCCGAUCAUAACUAAAAUUGAACUAGAUCAAGCCCCGUUGUACAUGGCAAAGAUUAGAGAUGCAGAGCCCAUUGGUAAAGUGGUGGUUGAAAUGCCCGUAUAUGGCUGA